AGGGAACACCCGCUUACAAAUUCUUCACCAAGUUAAACCUAUUCACCGUUUGUGCCAUUGCUGGUCUUAUAGAGUUGGCAUUUCGCACACCUUAUGUGGAAAAAAAGUUGCAGACCAUAGCUGAGUGGACAAAAGAGGAAGACGAGGCGACGGAGCUCAAGGAGUACCUCAAUGAUGCUUUAGUAUCUCAUUUGCUUGAAAGAAAAAAGAGGAGGGAUAUGCCAAAGGAUUCUAACUUGGAAAUAUGGUAGACUAUUGCUGAAAAAAUGUUGGGCAGUGGGAGCCAAGGUACAAGAGCAAACCUUAGAUUUAAGUUGAGUCUUAAGAGAAGCAAUAGUGACAGCAUACAAAACACUUUAGGUUCAAGUACAGAUAGUUGCAGUAAAUCAUCGUCGCAAAAUGAUGGCGUAUGCACCGAACAAAAUGUCAAAAAUGACAGCUUGGAAGAUUUCCAAUCCCCUAAAAAAGAAAAAGCAUGCAAUGAUAAAAAUGUCGAUGACAGCUUGGCAGAUUUUAAAUCGCCCAAAGAAGAAAAAAAGCCUCAUCCAAUCCUUAAAAAAUUUAAAUUCGACAGAGAAAAGGUAAAAAAAAAAUUGAAAAAAUCCAAAAGCAAACCUACGAGAUCUGCUGUAGAUACAAAUCAGCCGUCAAUAGAGUCAUCUUUUUUUAAACCACAAGCAUCCAAUCUAGCCGAUAAGGAAUCGUUUCCCUGUCCUUUGUGUCUAAAACCAUUCAAAGAUGAUACGACAUGCCAUAAUCAUAUGAAAACGUGUGCAGCGAAAAAAAAAAUCUCUACUGAGCAAUUGUUGGAUGCAAAAAGAUUACAAGAUCGUCAAGCCGAAGAAAGAAAAGCAUUGGGACUGCUAGCAGCCCCUGUCAUUCCGGAAAAAAAGAAAACUUUUCGUUCAAAAAAUUACAGCACCGAAGAUGAUCCUCAGCUUCAGCUCGUUCUGGCCAUGUCCGAAUCAUUGUACCAGGCAGAACAGCAGCAAGAAUUUGAACAGGCCGCUGUUCUUGCCGGGGUGCCAUCGGAGUGUCUGCAAGACAUAAACGCAGAGGAACGUAAAACCCUGCAGGGAUUUGGUUUCUCGACAAACAAACCGCUUCUAGUCGACGCCCCCGUACGGCAGAGUAAAAAAAGAAAACUUCGUGGGCCUACGAUACUUUUGAGCCGCUCGAAAGAGGACAAAGAUCGCGUGCUGACGGAGCGAAUAGCUUGCAUUAUCACGGGGGACGAUGCCCUCACGCAAUCAAGGAAUGAGGACACUUCGACAGAUCCUCAGAAAAGAACUGCCACUCUGCUCGCAAGUCAAAAACUUCGCAGUAUCGAACGUUCGAGUGACAGGCUGUGGGAUCGUAGCAGGCUGACAAAAACGUGUAGUGAUUUUUUUGUUGAACGGUUAAAGUCUCAAUUGUUAGCAUUAGACACUGAUGAAUCAUGUGCUGAUUUGAAGGCACCAAGUGAAAAAACUAGUUUUGAUGCAAACCUAUCUAUAGAAUAUGAGCCUGACGUUGAUGUUGAAAUUCUAAUACAAAACAAGUACGAACAGGACACAUUAUUGGACGAGAUGGAUCUUGAAUUAUAUUAUAUGAAGAAAUCAAUUGCUAACUGGAGUCAAGCCCUCAACAGCAGUGCACAGAGUGACGUCAUUAUUUUUGUUAAAAAUAAUAAGGAAAUUUAUGCCCACAAAUUAGUGUUGUAUGUGCAAUGGUCAAAUAUUUUACACAGUAUGGAGGUGAAUGACUCGUUAAGGAGCUCAAAAAUUAAAAAUAAAAUAUGUUGGUUGACAAAAGAUCAGCUUUCAGCUUUAGCAUUUUUAGAAUUCAUUUAUUGUGGUUGCAUUUCCAAAAAUGUUGAGGUUUUCGAUAAAAAAAAUUUAUUAGCUGAAGUUGAGCAGUUGGCAACACAGUAUAAAGUAACACAGUUAUUAGAUUACAUCAAAUUAAAGCAAAAUGAGCAGAAGACCUCAAAGUCAAAUGAAUCUCGCAAUACUAGUAGACACAGAGGUGGUCAAAAUGCCUCUACCAAAUCUAUAAUACAUUCACCUUUACAGCAGUUCAAAACUCCAGCUCCAUCAAACAAAAUUUCUUACGAAAAUUAUAAGGAAACUCAAGGGAUUCCUGCUUUGCCUGCUAACGUGCAGCAAACUACAAGUUACAUUAAAAAAAGAAGUAGACAGACACAAACUCAUGAUGUACAAGACUCCACAGCAAAUUCUAUUUCCAAAACAAUGCAGAAUCAGGGAACGCAAACAACAGAAUCUUUAGAAAAAUCUAAUACAGAUACUGAAAUAAAUGGAUUGACUGAAUGGAAUCCCGAACCAGUGGUGGAUUAUCCAAUGGAACCUACAGAGUCAAAUGUUGAGUCAGUGAUGAACUCUUCGGCUAGACCCAUACAACCGAUAUUGCAAAAUAUCCGUGGACGACUCACUAAUUCUCCAGAAUUAUUCGAAUCAUUGAAUGAAUCGCUUUUUGAAAGACACACUCAAUCGGAACCAAGUCAAAACAGUACGGCCUUAAAUGUUCUUGUAGAUUUGGCUAAUGAUGAUGUGAAUGAUGAUCAAGUUGAUGUUGUUCCGAUCACGGAAGAGCAACAAGUACAAGAUAAUCCGAAUGAGUGUGAAAUCGUCAACUCACAAAAGACAGUUCACAACUUAUCGCCAACUCCAAGAGAAAAUUCAUCAAAAAAUACAAAUUGCGCGGAAGUGAUUGCUCUUGAGUCGGAUGAUUCUAAUAAUGAAGAAUCGAUAUACGAUGCAGUCACACCACCGCGGCGUAAUUCUAGUGAAAGAGACUUUAGAAGUAUAAUUGAGAAAGAUUCGUUUUUAAAAAAAAUUGACCGAAUCAAUGCAAAGGAUGAUUUGGCAUCGGAUUCGGAAUCUGAUUUGAGUAUUCUACAACAAAAAGUGAAGAAUCCAUUUUUAAAAAGGCAUCGCGAUGAUUCAUAUCGAUACUUACAAAGUGAUGGAAAGAAUGGUCCAAACAAAAGAGUAAUCAGCAUACUAGAACAAGAUGUGUUAGACGAUGAAAAAUUACAAAAUGCCUCAGGAAGAGAAUCGUUGGGAGAAAAUCAAACCCUUGAUCAUCAGACUGAAAAAAAAAUUAAUGAAAAUUUUAAGGCAAGUAAAGACCUUAAAAAACCUGACGAUUUACAAAUAGUAGACGAUUUAGAGCCCAAAAAGUUAACAAAAGACAUACCCUCAAGUAAUACCAAAAGUAGUAGCGAUAAUAUUUCGGAUUGUUCUAAUGCAACUAUUGAUGACAAUGAGUUAUCUUUGUAUUCCAGAUAUAAAAAACAAAAUCAGCAUAACAACAGCAUACAAAAAUAUCGCAGCGAGUUGAAUCUUGAGUCAAAGAGAAAUAAUUCACGACGAAAAAAUCACAAUACUAAUAAUGAAAAAACUGAUGAUAGUUCGAAAAGUAAUUUAAAAUCAGUUUCAUCCGAAAAGAAUGAAACAUUGUCUGAAAAUAAAAAAGUUGAAGAUGUAACUUUAGUUGAUGAUUCAGAUGAAGAGGAGCAAAACCCUUCAAAAACUUCAACUUCAACAAAGUCUGAUUCACACUUGCAAAAAAAUGACAAUUCGAUUCCAGCACCUAACAUCAGUCGAUCUGAAUAUGCAAGUCUUUCUUCCAUUGAUUUAGUGGAUCAGGAAAUUUCAAAAAUUAUGAACGCUGCAGAAGAACCAAAAGACCAAUUUGUAGAUUUGUGUUACGAUUCUGAUGAAAACGAAAAAGGUUGUACGUCAGUAAAUAAAAAUGGAAAACAAGGAAAUGAUUUAUCAAAACAGCAAAAGGAAGCUUCAAAUAACGAAAUAAUCGCAAACAAAGAUGAUAAUGCUAAAAAAAAUCAUAAUCUUGAUUCAAGUGAAAUAGCAAUCUUAAGCUCAGAUGAUGAAGAUGCAGAAAAACCGCAUGAUUCAAAAUCUGAAAAUUCUAGUAAAAAUAAAAUUAACGAAUCUAAUAAAAAUAAUAACUCAAACAAAAACAGUGAUGUUGAUCUUGGUUCCUUGGAAAAUGAUUGGUUUAAUGACGAUUGGACUUCUAAAUCGCCCCCCGAAAUAACCAGGGCUAAAACACGUUCGUCUACUUCAAAUUUAAACAAGAUAAACUCAUCUGCAAAUGAACUGGCAUGUAGAAAUGAUUUUUCUAAAUUUGAUUCACCACAAUCACCUCUGGCCUUGCCGUUGCAAGAACACCAAUCAUAUAAGAAACAAUUUUCUGAAUUUGAUUCACUACAGUCUCCUCCACUCUCACCUCCCAAAAAUGUUGGACUUCCGGAAAACGAGUUAAUAGAGAUUGACUCCUCACCGUCAUCGCCAGCCUCAUAUGAAGGAAGACCUACAGAUGAGUUCUCAAAGUUUGAUUCACCGCAAUCCCCACCAGCUUCUCCAUCCCAAAACGUAAGAAUAUUGCCAACUUCAACAUCACCCAUUUUAAGUCAAAACAGAAGUAGAUCACAAGCUACGAGAAAACUUCAAACCAAAUCAGCAUCGACAUCAAAUUUUGAAACUCCUCCAAAAAAGAAAACGGAGAAAAAAUCUCGUGAAUAUGAGGAUGCUAUGAACAAUCUUAGUUUAUGUGAAACACCCGAGUUGCAUAAAAAAUUGAAGGAAUUUGGUUUGAAGCCGCAAAAUCGAAAGAAUUCUAAGCUUUUAUUGAGGCACGUAUAUUCAGAAUUAGCUAAAAAUCCGGAAAAUCGUAAAUCCAAGAAAAGACUUAUAAAUGAAGAUUCGGCAAGUGAAACUGAAGAGCCUCCUCUUAAAAAGCCGAAUUCUAGAGUGAAAUCUAAAAAAGAUUCUUCUAAGGAAAAUGUCGCAAGUAAACAGAAAAAAAGCAAAUCUUCAGAAAAUCGAGAAGUAAUUGCUGAAGAAAUAAAUUAUGAUGAGCCAGAAACAGCCACAGGUUUUACCUUAAAAGACUCUAAAAGUAUUAAGGAAGCAUUUGAUAAACUGAUUAUGUCCGACAGGGGGUUGCAUAAUAAAGUUUUGACGUAUGAGCCUUUGCCACUGGAAAAUUUACAUUCAAGUUUGAAGGAAAAAGGGUUCAAAUGUGAUAAAAAUAGUCUUAUGGAUUUUUUGGAUGAACAGGUCAGUAUUAAUUUUAAAAGCAAUGCAACAAAGUUGUACAAAAAAAUUAAAAGCAUAAUUUUUUCAGUGCAUAACAUUUCAAGUUAAAGCGGGGAAAAAAGACGAUAGAAGAAAAAAGAAAAAAUAAUCUGAAUCCACGGUUGUAUUACUGUAUAAAUAUUGUUUUCUUAUCUUGUCAAUCAUUCGUUACGCGAAUAGUUGAUUCACAGAUAUUGUACAUAGCUACUUAUCGAAAUUAGCUAUAAGAAUAAAAAAGUUAUUUUCUUACAUGAGAUAUUUUCAAGUAAAGAGAACCGUUUUUUAUUGUAUAAAAAAUUUAUUACGAAUAUCUGAAAUUGUUGAAAAAAAAGACUA